AUGUACAAUAACUACAACUACAACUACAGCAAUGCAGCCAGUGAGAGCGCUGAUUAUACGCUUUACUCACAGCAUACAGCAACAACAGUGACUGCCAAAUGUAAGCGCUCGCGCACUGCCUUUAGCAGUUAUCAACUGCUAGAGCUGGAGCAUGAGUUUAAUGAGAACAAAUAUUUGGCUAGAACGCGUCGCAUUGGCAUUGCGCAACGUCUGCAGCUGAGUGAGCGCCAAGUCAAGGUUUGGUUUCAAAAUCGACGCAUGAAGUGCAAAAAAAUGGCCAACGGCCAGCUGAAGCCAAAGAACUUAAAGCUAAGUCAGCCAGCUGCCACUUCAACUGCAACAGAGACGCCGCCAGCAGCUUCCGAGCAUGAGCUGCUUGUGGAAAGAUUGCUGCAGUAUGUCAACAUGCCACAACAACAGUUUGAGCCGCAAUAUGAAUUUGAUGCCAUGGAGCAGCCACCACUUUAUGCAGAUUUGCCAAAUGAGCAGCCGCUGCUUAACUUUAGUGCAAGUCUCAAUGACUGGUGGUGCAGCACUGAGGCAGCAGCCGCUGAGGCAAGUACAGUUGCAACAGACAUGCAACAAUAUCAAGCGGUACAGCAGCAAUCAAGCUGGGAUUCAAAUAGUUCCAGAACAACAUCAGCUUCCAACUCCACAGCUUCGUACGAUUCGUUUGAUACGUUUGAUGUGGAUUUGGAUUUUAUACAGCAGCUAUUAGAUGCUUAG